CAUAAAAGUUAAGACCCGUCACCAAUUUAAGCUUUAAUUUUAGAUAAUUCAUUUAAAUAAUUUAUCAAUUGAAAAUCGAUGAAUAGCCAACUGGCUAAAGAGUAAACAUUUAAAACGUAUUCACUAGUUUAUAGUUUUUUAAUUAUAAGCGAUAAAAAUGGCUGGAUCUGCUUUAAGACGUCUUAUGGCUGAAUAUAAACAGUUAACAUUAAAUCCACCGGAAGGUAUAAUUGCUGGACCAAUAAGUGAAGAGAACUAUUUUGAAUGGGAAGCUCUUAUUACUGGACCCGAAGGCACAUGUUUUGAAGGCGGUGUUUUUCCAGCAAAACUAGUUUUUCCAUCUGACUAUCCAUUAAGUCCCCCAAAGAUGACAUUCACUUGUGAAAUGUUUCAUCCUAACAUUUACUCUGAUGGGCGAGUAUGUAUUUCAAUACUCCAUGCACCUGGAGAUGAUCCCAUGGGUUAUGAGUCAAGUUCUGAAAGAUGGAGUCCAGUUCAAAGUGUUGAAAAAAUUCUUCUGUCUGUUAUAAGCAUGCUAGCGGAACCAAAUGAUGAAAGUGGUGCAAAUGUUGAUGCAGCUAAAAUGUGGCGUGAAAAUCGAGAGGAAUUCAACAAGAUUGCUGAAAAAUUGGUUAGAAAAACUUUGGGAAUUCCAACUAAUUCAUAAGUUUAAUUAUAAGCAAUAUGUAAUCAUUAUUAUAUUGUAUAUGUAUAUAUGUAUAAGUUUUAUUUAUAAAAUAAUAAACUUUGUGUCUUAUGUUA